CUAAAAAGAUAUCCUUAAUCGGAUAACUCGUACAGAUAGGAAACAAGAACGGUGGUGAUAAAGCAAUAUGGUGUCCUGGAUUAAAGCACUCGGCAUUGUUCUGCUUUUGUAUUCAACAGAAUUUAAUAGUGAAGGUCGUAAGCUAGGAAAAGAUUCUUCUUCUGAUAAAAAGACAACACAACUAACAACAGAAGAAACUUCGAGACUAUUAUACAAAGAUGAAGCAAAGAUCAAUGCAGAGGAACUUCGACAAUUGAUUGUGAAUGUCUCCUAUGAUCCUAGACUACAAAAUGUCACAGGUGCCGGUCACUUUGCGUACAUGUACAUUCAGCCAGCACAUGAAGAGCCAAAAUUGUACAUUGAAAGCCAAGUUGUAUCGAACAAGCUUAGAGGUAACUUUUCUUCCGCGCCGUAUUUCAACAACGGUCGAAUUUACCCCGCUUUACCACCACCUGGACACACUGACAACAGCAAUUUUAGAAUGGCAUUUCGCGACCCGAAAAGAAAUGAAUCUAACAAUCUCAGCCAAGACCACACGGAAUACAAGAUACUCUCUGGCCGUGGACUUGAAAAUAUGUUGCAGUCGUUUCUUGUGCUUACAAAGUUGUGCCCAAAGUACAUUAUUUUGUACUCGACAAAUCUACCUCGUUUGAAAGGUCACCAUGGUAAACAUCAUGGUCUUGAAAUGAUAGGAAAAGCUAGAAGAAACAUCCCAAAGAUUGUCUCCAAACACCGCCAAUGUGAUGAUAUAAAAUCAGAGUUUUAUCUUUACACGGGACAAAUGAGCCCAACAGAAUUAAACGAGGCGGACAACAUCCCAAAACAUCAAAAGUUACUCUCAGACAAAGAGAAACGGUAUUUGAAAAAACAUUCAAUUGAAUGGAUAACUCUCUGAGAAAGAGUAUAUGACAACAACGUUUAGAAGAUUCACUUGUAAAAUAAUAACAUUGAUAUAUAAAUUAUAUAUAAUAAAAAGCAA